AUGGUCGAGCGUCUUACUCUGCGCAAGCGCACUCCUUACAACACCAAGUCUAACCGUAGACGCGUGAUCAAGACUCCCGGAGGAAAGUUGCGCUACCUGCACGUCAAGAAGCUGCCAACUUCUCCCAAAUGCGGUGAUUGCCACACUGCUCUGGCCGGUGUCAAGGCUUUGAGACCUAGAGAGUACGCUACCGUCUCGAAGACCAACAAGACUGUUCAGCGCGCUUACGGUGGUUCCAGAUGCGCCAACUGCGUUCGCACCAGGAUCAUCCGAGCAUUCCUGGUCGAGGAGGCCAAGGUGGUGAAGCUCGUCGUCAAGGCAGCCGCCAGCAAGAAGUAA